AGGCAUUUCCUCGCAGCUCCUGUUGGAUUGUUGUAGACUGCCAGUUGAGAUGGCCACCAAAAAGCAAUCCAAGGCUUCCAAGUCCCAAGACUCCAUCAAUGCGCGAUUGCAGCUGGUCAUGAAGAGUGGCAAGUACAGCUUGGGUCACAAGACAACUUUGAAGACUUUGAGGCAGGGCAAGUCCAAGUUGGUCUUGAUCUCCAACAACUGCCCGGCUUUGCGCAAGAGCGAGAUCGAGUACUAUGCCAUGUUGGCUUGGAGAAGAGUUUGCAGUCGGUGUGUGCGAAGGAGGUCUUGGACCAGAUGUGCUCUGUG